GACAGACUGAAAUGGAAAACUAGUCGCGCCAUUGUCUUGCACUCUAGUUUUUACUCAGGUGUCCGCGUAGCGUUUCCAAAAUGUACUUCCGACCAUGGGUCGCACUGUUGAUUGCAUCAGCUGCGUCCAGAACGUACGCAGUGGACUUGUUUUCAAGACUGGACGAAGCCAUCGCCCAAGUCACCGACGACACGCUUUUGACAGUCGUACCGAGCUUGCUGCAAGCUGAGGGCACGCUCAUGAAUUUGCCGCCGUCUCUUGAAGCGCACGUGGUGGUGGAGGACGCGGGGGGCAAGCCCGAAACGUACAUCUACGUCAACUACACGUACAACGACGGCGUGGUGCCGCUGGACGAGAACGCAGCGUUUGAGGCGGUGGUCAAAUGCACGGACCACUCGCUUCGAUUGAAGCUAAACCAGUGCGCCACGUUGCCAUUCGGUCCAGGCCAAGUGCUCAUCCACAAGGGCCUCAAGUGCGACGGCCAGGCCGACUACGCCCUCGGAGUUCGCGUGCUCUCGGUGGACAUAGUCGAGAUGGAGCCAGCACCAUCGACAUCCUGCGAUCUGCACCUCACCACAGAGCAAGUGGCGGGGUCAGACAUCUUCGCCAACCAAGAGUUUCGUGUGGUCACACGGGCGUUCAAAAACCUCGUUGAGGACACGGCCGACAAGCAGGCGGCGAUGGCAACGACGACGAUUGCGCCGGCGAUGUCGCGCCGGCGGGAGCUGAAUUGGAUGCAGACCAAAACCAACGAUUUGCUGGACAUGGCUUGGAACGUGGCCAGUUCCAAGUACCAAUCAAUUGUGCAUGAAAUGCCCAUCUACUCUAGCGACGGGUGCAUCAUAAAAUGUCGUGAUUGCUAUGUCGGGUUCAACGUGGCCUCGAUCGACUCGAGCUUCUCCAUCACGGAUUUGCUCAAAAUGGAAGUGACCGUGACGGGCCACGUCCGCCUCGCGUUUGUGUUGAACGCCCCCGAUAUGUGCAAAAAGCGCAUCACACUUCCGCUCAUCGGCACGGGGCGUCCCGUGGGGUUCUCGAUCGGCACUUCGUUUGGGUCGCUCGAAUUUUCAUCCGAACUGGGGGUUGAGUUUGUGAUUGACCUGCAAGCGUCCACGUCGUCCGAGUACGUGUACGUGUACGAUGCCCGAAUCGACGCGUUUACGUUUGGCAUGUCGUUCCUGGGGGGGCCCUUCUCGAAGCGCCAGAUCACAACCACGUCCGACACGACAUGGCCAGACUGGCUCAAGGUCAACGGCCAAGUGGGCCUUCGACCCGUCAUCUCGGCCAACGCGACGGCCUCGGUGUCGUUGUGGUUUUACUCCAAGUCGGCGUCAGUAGUGGCGUCGGCAGCCUUGGAAAUGUACAUCCGCGCCAGUAUGAAGGUGACCACAAGCGCCGCAUUGCCCCUUCCCGCCUUGUCGACCGCCGCACUCGACUCAACAUCUUUGGUAAAAGGCGGGGUGUGCAACAUCCCCCACGUGUUUGAGUACGAUGUGUUUGUGGGCACCGUGGCCAAGAUCAACGUCAAUAUUUGCGGAUCUGACUACGUGGACAAGGUGUUGUUUUUCUGGGAAAAGAGUAUCAUCAGCGGGUGUUGGGCAACGUUUCCCAGUGCCCCGAUCCCUGUCACGACCACGACCACAUUGGCUCCACCUAUUACAACUACCACCACCGUUCCCCCCUCGGUUGCAACCACAACCACCUUGUCCCCAGUCACGAACUCUCCUUCCUCAGGCGGCGACCGCAUCGACUACUCGUUUGUCGCUCCAGACACGUACCCCCCGAAUGCAAAUGUGUUUUGGUCGUUCGAAUGUUCGUCCUCCGCAUCCUUCGUAAGCGUGACGUUCACUCAAUUUGACCUCGAGCGAAACUAUGAUUUUGUGGAAAUCUCACUGGAUGGGGGCAAGUUCACUGGGAACGCGAUUCCCCCGGGGCCUAUUAUAGUGAACGUUGACGCCAAAGUGCACUUUACUUCCGACAGCACGCAAGGACAAAGUGGGUUUGUACUCGAAUAUACAUGCAUUUUCCAAGACACAACUCCUUCCCCUACGACCACAACUCUCUCCCCUACUACGACCACCACCGUAGCACCCACAACCACGACGACGACGGCGCCCCCUACGCCUACCGUUGCAGCCCGUGGGACGAUCGACUAUUCCUUUGUCGAUCCCUUGACGUACGAGGACAACAAGGACGUACGUUGGAAUUUCACGUGUCCAUCCGAAUCUCUACUCGUCAACGUCACGUUCGCCAAGUUGGACUUGGAAGACACGUACGACUUUGUACGAAUCACAGGCGGCUUUGGUUGGAACUUCACGGGUAGGCUCCUACCGACCGAGCCCAUCACCGUCCCCGCCAAUGCAGAAGUCCGGUUUACAUCCGACGGCUCGCAAGGACGGACCGGGUUUGUGUUGAACUACGUGUGCUUAUCCACCUUUCCACUAACAACACCAGCACCGUCGUCGAGGAAUGGUCGCAUCGACUAUUCGUUCACGAGUCCUGCCGUGUACGACAACAGCGUGCAAUUGCACUGGCCGUUCGUAUGUCCGUCCAACGAAACCUCUGUGAACGUCACGUUUGUCCAGUUGGACGUGGAAACCAACUUUGACUUUGUGUUCCUUGGAGGCACAUCCAAUCGAUAUACGGGCAACGUCGUGCCCUUGGGCAAUGUCAUUUUGGGUGCCGAUGCGCAAGUAUACUUUACCUCCGACAGGUCGAUAGGCGGCAGCGGGUUCGUGCUCGACUACGAGUGCUUUUCCAUCGUGGUGCCGCCGAUCGUCGACGAUGCGACCCAUGCUGGCGUCGUUGGAUCGAACACGACGGUUCAAAACGGCACCGUCCGCAUCGACUACUCGUUUGCGGCACCGUUGACGUACGCGAACAACCUGAACGUGACGUGGCAGCUUGUGUGCUCGUCGACGGAGGAGACGCUGGUGUCGGUGACGUUUGCGCUCGUGGAUCUUGAAACCAACUUUGACGUGAUCAGGAUUGGAAGUCCGGUUGCAGCGACCAUCACGGGCAACACGUCGCCGGCUCCGUUUGUCGUGGCUGCGAAUUCCAUGAUGGCAUUCACGAGCGAUGGAUCGGUUGGUCGAAGCGGGUUUAUUCUCGAUUACACGUGCCACACCGGCGCCUGGUUGGACCCAGUGAUGACGACCAACAACUCGACAUCCCCAAGCAACCAGACCAACAGUACGGCCGACCGCGCCAUCGACUACUCGUUUGAGCCCCCGUCCGUAUACGCCAACAACGUGAAUCGCAACUGGACGCUCACGUGUCCUAGUAACACGCCGGUGGCGACUGUCGUCUUUUCCAAGCUGGACGUGGAAAACAACUUUGACUUUGUCACAAUUGGUGGGUUCGGCGGCGGGCGAUUCACGGGAACCGUCCUUCCACCGGUCGUCGUGACGUCGGGCAAUGCGUCCGUGGUGUUUACAUCCGACGCGUCCGUGGGCCGCACCGGAUUCGCCUUGGUGUACGACUGCCUUGCCGAUCGACUCACCACAGCUGCCAAUACCACUACCACGACCACCACACAACCUGCUUCCCCCUCUGCUCCUGCGUCGGUGAUCAUCAACGUCACCAGUGCCGUUAUCGAUUUCUCGGUCGAGCCUCCAAAUACAUACGGACCCAACUUGAACAAGUCUUGGGUCCUUGCCUGUCCACCCCUCGCGUCACACGUGAUCGUCAUCCUCACAAAACUCGGCCUCGAAAACGGGUUCGACUACUUGAGAUUCAGUGGUUACAACUUCACAGGCAACGUCCUUCCCAGCCCCUUUAACGUGGACGCCAACUCGACCGUGUGGUUAACCUCGGACGGAUCGAUAGGGGGAAUAGGGUUUACACUGAAUUACACGUGCACGGCGGCCGUUGCUCCAGAGGCUCUCGUGCCGACAAUGGCCCCGAACGCGCCAUCUCCCAGUGGGGGCCGUCGCAUCGACUACUCGUUUGUGUACCCGAACGUGUACGGUGACAACUUGAACUUGAACUGGAUCCUUUCGUGUCCUUCCAAUGCCAGCAGCUUGGUCACCGUGACGUUCACCACGUUCGACCUUGAGAUUGGCUACGACUACUUGACAGUUCCUGGAGCAGGGCGAUUCACAGGAAACCUUCUGCCUCCGACCGCUACCGUCAGCGCGGGUACCGUCAUUGUUUUCGUCACGGAUGGCUCGGCAGGACGAGCGGGGUUUACAUUGGACUAUGUGUGUUCUGGGGCAACUACUACACCCAUUCCGACGCUAGCCCCCUCCGUCGGCACUGCCAUGACAUUUACGGGCCGCAUCGACUACGCGUUUCUUAGCCCCAUUGUCUACGGCAACAAUUUGAAUCUGACGUGGGUCCUGACAUGUCCUUCAAGUUCGUUGGUGCUGGUUAACGUGUCGUUUUCCACGUUCGACCUUGAAAGUGGCUACGACUUUGUGACUUUCCCAGGGGUGGCGCGGUACACAGGGUCAUCCCUGCCGAGUAUUUCCAACUUGGCCGCGAAUUCGUCCGUGGUACUAACCACCGACAGCUCGAAGGGAAAUUCAGGGUUUGCACUGGACUACGUUUGCUUUGCAUCGACGCUACCUUCGAGCUUGCCUAGUCUGACGCCUACCCCAACGUACCAAACAACAUCCACCACGACGACUACUGUGACGACGUCGACGGCUCCUGUGACGACGUCGACAGCUCCUGUGACGACGUCGACAGCUCCUGUGACGACGUCGACGGCUCCAACCACCACACAAUUGCCAUCAACAACGACAACAGCUCUACCAUCGACCUCACAAGCUACAACCCUCAACCCAGCGCCGUCUCCUCCUUCAUCAACGUCUCCCCCUUCAUCACCGACAACAAGCCCCGAAACCACGACCAGUACGCCAUCACCAACAAAGAGUGCGGCUGGGGCGUUGCGUGGAUGGCAGCAAUCUCUUUCGUCUGUCAGCCGAGGCUUGAUUGUCCUCUGCGUUGCAUGUUUCAUAGGUUGAGUCAUAUUGCAUAUUUCAUAUCUCAACAAUAAAUACCUAUCCUGUCA